CCAGAAGGACAGGAUACUGUUGCUGAAGAUUGAGCAGGAACUAGUCAAUCUGGCCAAAGACAGCAAGCGCAACCAUUAUAAGUUCCCACAGAUGUCCUCAUACCAACGCAUGUUGGUUCAUCGUGUAGCUGCAUAUUUUGGCAUGGAUCACAAUGUUGACCAGACAGGAAAUGCUGUCAUUGUUAACCGUACCAAGAACACAAGGCUUCCUGACACCAAGUUCCGUGACCACAUUCGAGAAGAGCUACUAUUCCCUGAAGAGCCUCGGAGAUCCAUCCUAAAGCGGGAUUCUUCCUCAUUUGAAGACAGUUGUAACUUCAAGAACAUCCGAGUUCUAGUAAUAACAGACUGGCAACCCCGUCUCGAUUAUGAAUCCAUGUUGCAGUCUCCUGAGAGGCAGUUUAGCUCCGAGUCGCGACGGAGCAAAAGUUUCGAGGAGCGUGAGGAGGAAUAUGAAAAAGCAAGGAAAAGGAUUUUUAAUCGCGAAGAUGGAGGCAGUGACCCCCUGCAUGACUCUUCUCGACGCAGCAGCCAAGAGGAACUGAGGUGGCCAGGAGAAGUGCAACCAUGGAGUAGUUCUGACAGUGAUAUGUCAUCACGACUACGCUCAAAUAUGCUUCUGCAUGCCUCUGAUAACAACCAGCUUAGGCCUGUGCGUCUCCCAAAGGGUGAAUCAUUUGAGUGUCGUGACACUUUAAAAGCCAACUCACUCCGUCUCUCAGUGUCUAAGUCAUACAGUUUUGGGGGUUACCCAGUGGCUGUGCUUUCUCGGGGCGACAGCUGCACAAGUACACACAGUGCUGGUGCUCGACUGCUCACCAAGCAAGAUUCUGGUAGCAGCAUGUCUUCCCGCCUCAGUCCUUCCAGUUCUGGCUACAAGUCACAGUCCCAACGUUCGGACACAACCACAUCAGCCACGCCUUCCCCAACUGCUACUCCUGUAUCUCAGUUGAGCAUCUCUAGCUCCACCCAACCUCAGAUGUCUAGUCAUGGGGCACUGUCCCCACAACACACACCCGAGUCAAGUAGUCAUGAACAGAACCAGACUGUGAUGUGGGCUGUGACCAGCAUGGCUUCCGUUCCUCCUGGCAGUGUACUCAUAAACCCUCAGACCGGGCAGCCAUAUGUUAAUUCUGACGGCUCAGUGUACCGUUAUGACCCGGCCAAUCCUCCCAAGGUUGUAACAGAUGAUGGUAGAGAGAGUGUCAGUGUCAGUGUCAGUGGCAGUGAUGGUACUAGCAAUCGCCAGAAGAGCACAGGCAGCUCCGAGCAGAUGCAUCCACCAGCACAGCAACAAACUUGCCAAAGCCAGAAGUCUCAUCCUUCCUCCACUUCAUCUUCAGCAACUUUGCCAUCAAAAACUGUCUGUUCAACUCAUGUAACAACAACUGCUACCUCCCCUUCCUUACCUAUGUCACCUCCUCCUGCCCUACUGCCUAACUUACAACCUCACUCCAACUCCACAUUAGUUAAUACAUCAGCUACCUCACAGAUCCAUGCCCCACCACAACAGCCUGUUCUCACAAUCUGCCACUCCAGUCAAUGCUCGUAUGUACCAAACCCUGCUGUCCCUCCAACAGAACCAGUACAACUACAGCAACACCUCGGAACCUUGCCUGUUGCAUCCAUACCGAUGUGCCCACAGCUAGCUAAUACUAAUAGUAGUCUGGUGAACACUCAGACACACUCAUAUCCUCAGCAGCAAUUUGUACCAGCUUUGCAACAUCAGCAGCCAGAAAUGAUGUUUGGUAACCAGGUGCCAGCUCAAGCACAAAGUCAACAACCAACACCACCUCAGAUGGUGUUUGCUAGCUAUAACAUGGUACCAGUGCCAUCAGCUGCCAAUGGUACUACUGCGAUGGCAGCUGGCACAACAGGAUAUGAACAGAGGCAUUCAGAUGGUACCUGUAUGGCAAUCUCAGACCUGAGCAGUUACUUCAUGGGGCUGGGCCUUGUGACAGACCAGCGUGGUGGUGGUGGUGUUGGUGGCAGUGGUAAUGAUAACUCUAGUAGUCAGCAGCAGACACAGCCCUCAACAGCAGGGGGCAUGAUGCCAGUCCCCUCUUCACUGCACCACAGCCACCAUCCUCAUAAUUAUCAGUCGCAACCUCCUGCCCCAGCUGUAGCUUCUGCAACUCCAUAUUGGCAACCUCAGCAACAGUCUAGUCCUGUACAGCAUUCACAACAACAGACACCACAGCAACCAGCUCAACAGCCAUUACCAAUGUAUUACGUACCACCAGCUCUUGCAGCUCCUCCUCCUCCACCUGUAUCUGGUUCAAUGCUCAGCACCUCCCCUCCACAGCAGGCCACCUCCAACAGCUCAAAUCCAGCGACUCCAAGAUAUAUGGCAGCAUACCCACCUUACCAGCAGGUUCCAAGUGGUACUCCACUGUGCCAUCCCAGUGGUCCCAGUUUGCUUCCCCCUGUUCAACAGCAUACACAUCAGGACAGGUCACAACAGAGCAUGGGGCCCAGUGGAGGCUACAUACCGAAUUAUCCUGUGGUGAGCUACGGGGCAGCUAUGAUGGCUGCCACAGGGAAUGGGGAAUGCAUGUCUCUGUACUCUCAACCUUCUCUACAUAUGCUGUACACCCCCACCAGUAUUAAUGUAAACUCCUUGAGUAGUAGUUCAUCAAGUGCGUCAGCCUUGCCUGGAGGAAGUGCACUACCUUACUAUCACCCGCCUUCAACCCCAACAUCCCACACCCAGCCUGUAAUGGCUUUGAGUAUGGGACCACCCUACAUGCAGCCGAGCCAACCUGGGACAGCUGUGGGAGCAUACAGGGCCCCUACCCCUCCACAGACACCCACUCAGAGUCAGACCCUGUGCAACAUGCCCACACACUCAUAUGUAUAUCUGAAUGGAGGUGGCUAUACACCAAUGUACAGUGGAGGUGGAACCAAUGGGAAUGCCCCUACUCCUGGCCCAUACAGUCAGCAGUCAACAGGCACCCCUUCUACCCCUGGGCCUUCACAGUACAUUCCCCCCACAGUCAUCUCAAAUCUAGGGCUCUUCCGGUCCAACAUGCAGAUGAUGUCCAGUGUGACGUCAAGUCCUCCUCCCCCCAGACCUUCUCGUGAUGGUCUAGGGCUGAAACCAUCAUACAGUCGGUCUCCUUCAGUCGGAAGCAAGGAUAGGAGUAAUGGUAGCCAUUAUGACACGGUGUGUGGAAAUGACAAGACCGUCACAAGCAUGAGGUAUCCAUCCAUACCCAUGUUUGGGCUACGCAUUAUGCCAGGUGACAUGCGAGUGAUGAGCCAGCAGCCCCUUUCAUCCUCAUCUCCUGCAUUAAGAAUGCCCUUUAAUCUCCCCCCUCACCCCACUUCCUUGCCAACAUCUCAUCAUCCUGCACACAGAAUGCAGCAGCAGUCAACACAUUACACACUUGGCAGUCAGUCAUCUGGUUCAGAGGUGUCAAUAGGGUCUGUAGGUAGACCGCCUAAACCAAGAAAACAAAGAUCUAAGAUAACAACUACAGUUGCAACAAAUCCUGUUCAAAAUUCACCACCUCAGGCAGGCAUUACUCUGCAGCCACAGAUGACAACACAGGCAGCUACUGUCACCCUUUCAACAGCUGGUGAAGGAACAGAUCAAGAAACGGGUCGAGUUCUAAUGAUAAAUGAAGGAAAUCCAUCCAAGCAGCACUGACAUCAGUUGGGGUUUCUUAUGAUCUAAAGACAAGUCUCUCUCAUUCUCUUACUGCCUAAGGUCCAAAAUGCCUUGAAGAAAAUGACAAACCAGACAGCUAACAGAAAAGUAUGAAUUUGAAGCACUGAAUGUUGGCAGCAAUGGUAAGACCCCUUUAUUUUCCAACCUUGUCCUGUGUACAACACACAUGAUACCUGACAGUUUUGCCAUGUUGUUAACCUUUGUGCUUUGUUUUUGAAGGGAUAUGUCUGCCGGAUGACCUUCUUCAUAGCAUAGAGAAUGAAAAAUUAUAAUUUGAUAUCAUUAGAAAGAUUAUUCUUUGAAAAUCAUACAUAAAGCUUCUUUAUGAUAUUUGCAGAAAGAAAAUUAAAAAAUUCUGUUCAGAUAAAAUUGUUUUUUUUUUUUGGGGGGGGGGGGGUUCUUUUAUUACAAAAACGAACUUCUGAAAAUAUGCUCCCAUCCACAAAAAAAAACUUUUUUCAGGAAAACAUUGAGUCAGAAAAUUCUUUUCAAUCUGAUUUUAACUAAUGAAUCUAAACUGCUUUUCGUUGUUUGGCAGUAUUCAAUUUAUUAUUAUCAUGUAAUGGUUGGAAAGAUAAAAAAUGGCCAUUAACUUACAGAGUGCAGGCAGUAUAUCAGUGAUUAGUUAUGUGAUAUGUUGUCCAACAUUUCUAAAAGUUCCUUUGUAUUUUAGAUGCCCUUCUCUCUUCUAAACCUAAGUUCAUAUAAAGGAGAUAAUUGUGAAGUUUGAAAAAAGAUAUCAGUCUUGCCAACAUAGUGGAAGUGUAAAAUCAUCAAACUCCAUGUGGUGAUAGGAAAAGAGGAAGAGAAAGGUGCAUGUGUCAGUGUUCUGUUAAAUGUCAGAGGUUAAAAUAGGGUAACAAAGACGCAUGUUGUUAUUAAAAUCUUUGUCCAAAACUAAACAUCGCUUUUUUCACAAGUUGAUUGAUCAAUGAUACUUUUAUUAUAUUGUUAUAAUGAAUAUAUAAAAAAUUAGCAAAAAAUUUAAAGAAGAGAUAUAUAUGUGAUGUUUUCAAGAGAAGUUGGAACAAUUCUUGUCAUAUUGAAGAUAAAUACUGUAUUGUUGUU